AUGAAACCGCUGCGUGCGUUCCCGCUGCCGCUCAACGUGGGAACGGACAUUUGCCAGAUUUCGCGCGUGUACGGCAUCCUGGCUACGCCGCGAGCGACGCGCUUCGUCAACCGCAUCCUGGCUCACGAGGAGCGGCCGCGGUUCGCCGCGCUGGCAAGCACGCUGCCAUUGAAGCCGACGAGCAUGCCAGAGAGCGAGCGCGCGGAGGACUCGGCGGUGUCGGUGCGGGACCCGGAGGGGUGGAAGGCGGCGGCGUUUAUGGCCGGACGAUUCGCCGCCAAGGAAGCCGCCAUCAAGGCGCACACGCAUAGGCAGCUCACCUUUCACGACAUCGUCAUUGAAAGGCGCGCCGUGGCUGCCCGCACGGAGACGCUGGGCAGCGGGCCGCCGGUCGCAAGGAUAAGGGCGGGGGAAGGAGGAGCCGGGGAGGAUGAGAGUGCCAUGAUUUCAAUAAGUCAUGAUGGCGACUACGCGACGGCGGUGUGCCUGGCGCAUGACCCGAGCGUGACGAGAUGA